AUGAAUGUCGCGGGAUUCGCAAAUCUUUUGACUGAGUCAUUCCAGGAUUUUCAAGGCGAUGACUACGAGCUUGUUGGCCACAACUGCUGCAGCUUCGCACGGGCAAUGGUCGAGGAGAAUGUCGACCAUUGCCCGUGCGAAGCUGCAGCAUUGUGGCCAACGUUACUCGUAGGUGUUGAGGCUGAAACAGCCAGAGACAUCCAGGGCAGAUUCGAUGUGGGACAGGUGCAGGUGAGUUACAAGUUGUUUCAUUGGACCAUUGGACAUGUUUCAGUGGUUUUCGCAGUGACCAUGACUGUCUUUGCUGAGGCUGUGCUUUGUGUGCAGCCAGUUGCGCAGCGAGCGCAGCCAGUGGCGCAGCCAGUGGCGCAGGUGAUGCCAAGACAUGCGCAUGUGCCUGGAGCGAUGCGGGCGCUACCUACGUCCAUGUCCCGGGCUCAAACGAGACCUGCACCAUCCUGCACCAUCCUGCUGCGUGACCUGCGUGAUCUGAUCAGUUUUGACGCCUCAUCCCGAAGUUUGCCAGGCCAGGCUUUGGGUGGCAAGCUCGAGCUGGACAGCAAGUUGCAAUGGCCCAGGUGCCUUGCCAUGAAUUUCCUACAUUUGCCUACUUCAUCCUACUUGGAUGUGCAUUUCAGUCUGUCAGUGGUUUAUAAGUCACUCAGCAAGCGUCCAAAUUUUAGAUGUUUUUUGGUUGGGCUCGCGCGCGCAAAGGUCUCCAUUUUAUACCCAAAAUUCGCGCGCGAACCCAACCAAAACAAUAUGUUUUUUUGCACGGAAACCCGCUGA